AUGGGACGGUGGCUUCCGCUUCUCCUGCUACCGCUAGCCUUGGCCAAUCCGCGGCUUCCACUUGGGCGAGACUCCAAAUUGCUGGACAUCCCGGAUGUGCCAGUCGUAAGCGGAGCCCCCGGUUUCAUCCGCGCCUCCCAGCUCCUCAACGUGGCCAUCAACCAGUCGGCCGACCCAUGUGAGAACUUCUUCGAGUUCGCCUGCGGCGGCUGGGUGGCGGCCAACGAGAUUCCGGCCGAUCUGACCGCCUAUUCCCACUUCACCGAGUUGAGGGAGAAAGUUCAGGCCGAGAUGAAGGACCUGUACGAGUCGAACACGCGCUACCCGUCCAAGGCGAUCAACACCCUCAAGAAGUUCUACACGGCAUGUAUGGAUGAGGAGACGAUUGAACAGAGAGGACCGCCUGAUCUCAUUGAUGCUAUUAGGUCCCUCGGCUACUGGCCGAUGGUGCACGGCUCGCUGUGGGACCGCGAGGAGUUCGACCUCACCACGCUGCUCAUCAAUGUUGGACAGACUCGGGGAAUCGACGUAUUUGUCGAUAUCUACGCCUCCACCGACACGAAGAACGUCUCCAGGAGGUUGCUCUCCUUCGACCAGGGCGGUCUGGGACUCGGAUCUGGCUCGAGGUCCUACUUCACUGACCCGAAGAAAUACGCCAAGCAGGUGACAGCCUACCUGCGCUACAUGAAGGCCAAGGUGAAGCUGAUCACCCAGGACGCCGGACUCAUCCCGAAUGAGGAGCAGAUCUCGCGCGACGUCGAAGAGAUGUUCGAGUUCGAGACGCGUUUCGCCAAUAUUACCGUAGCCGAGGAGGACAGGAGGAAUUACACCGAGCUCUACUACCUCUCACGCCUCUCCGAAAUGGCCAAAUUUAUGCCGAUCAUCGACUGGGAGCGCUAUUUCGUCUCGGUGAUGCCCUUCUCCACACACGCAUACCUGAAAGCCGAUCCACAGGUGAUCAUCACCGAGGUCGACUUCCUGCACCGUCUCACCGAGCUGUUGAAGGACACGGACCCGAGGGUCAUCACCAACUAUGUCAUCUACAGGUACACCUCGGCGUGGAGCAUGCAGUUGGGCAAGAAAUAUGAGGACAUUUAUCAGGAUUUCGUCCGUGAUCUCGUUGGCAAAAAGACGAAAUCGCCACGGUGGAAGGACUGCUCUUCAUCUACUACUAACAGAAUGCCCUAUGCCGCCGGCUCGCUGUACGUCCGCCACUUCUUCAACAAGGCCGCCAAAGCCACCACCGUGGACAUGAUCGACGAUCUGCAGGAAGCCUUUGCCGCCAUGCUGUUGCAGAACGACUGGAUGGACCCCAGCACCAAGAAGAUUGCCCAAGAAAAAGCCUCGGCCAUGCUGCGUCUGAUCGGCUUCCCCGACUUCAUCCUUCGAGAUGAGGAGCUCGACCAUUGGUAUCGUGAUCUGACCGUCUCCGAGACCGACACCUACUCGCAGAUGAUCGAGAAGGCCACGCGAUGGGGCAUCAAUUUUGCAUACAACCGCCUUCUCGAGCCGGUGAAGCGCGACGAGUUCAGCACGAACGCCGCCGUCGUCAACGCCUUCUACUCGUCGAUCAAGAAUGCGAUUAUGUUCCCCGCCGGCAUCCUGCAGCCGCCGUUCUUCGACGCUGAAUUCCCGAAGUCGCUCAACUACGGUGGAAUUGGAGCCGUAAUCGGACACGAGAUCACCCACGGAUUUGAUGAUCAAGGCUCUCAAUUCGACAAAGACGGCAACCUGAAGAACUGGUGGGACGCGUCGACAAGGGAAAAGUUUGAGGAACGGACACAGUGCAUCAUUGAUCAGUAUGGUGCCCAAGAAGUGCCAAACACUUCCGGACAACAUUUGAAUGGCAAGCUGACGCAGGGCGAGAAUAUCGCGGAUAAUGGAGGCGUCAAGCAGGCUUACAAGGCCUACAAACGCUUCCUCGAGAAGCACGGACCGGAAGAGGCUCUUCCAGGACUCGAGAAGUACACGAAUGACCAGAUGUUCUUCAUUGGAUACGCACAGACGUGGUGCAACAAAAUGACGCCCGAGGCAACCCUCCGUCUCAUUCUCACCGAUCCUCAUGCUCCGGGCAUGUUCCGAGUCAAUGUCGUGCUCCAGAAUCAGCCCGAAUUCGCGCACGCGUUCCAAUGCCCGGCCGGCUCGACGAUGAACCCCAGCAAGCGAUGCGUCGUCUGG